GAAACAGAGAUAUUAUGAGUGUAUAUAAAGAGAUGUUAUGUUAUGUUAUGUUAUGUCUAAUGCAUUGAGUGUUGUGUUAGUAGUGUUUGACAGCAGAAGACCUUCACAUGAAAUGACAAACGCGUCUCUCAUCUAAUCAUUGGAUCUUAUGAUACAUUUUUGAUACAUUAAAGAUAUUUAAGUCAUUUUUUUGACCAAACAAUGCCAGCAAUUGAUAAUACGUUUGAUGAUAAUUGCUAUGAAAGUAAUAAUAAUAACAAUAACAAUAUGAAUGACUGCAGCAAAAUGUCUUCAUCCGAACCAAAGGUUAUGACAAUUCUUCAUUUCAACGAUUGCUAUAACGUUGAGCCGCGAAAUGAAGAGCCAUCAGGAGGUGCGGCCCGAAUGGUCACUGCGUUCAACACUUUCAAAGAUCUCAAUCCAUUGGUUCUGUUCAGUGGAGACAUAAUCGCGCCAUCGAUUAUGAGCACUUUUGCCAAAGGAGAGCAAAUGAUUCCCGUUGUUAAAGCAUUAGACAUCGAUUGUGCCAUUUAUGGCAAUCACGAGUUUGACUUUGGUGUCGAUAAUCUCUUAUCAUUUGUAAAACAGACAUCAUUUCCAUGGCUUAUGAGUAAUGUCUUCGAUAAUGAAACUAACCGCCCAUUAGGUGACGGCAAGAUUUGGCACAUUAUCGACAAAUCUGACAUAAAAUUUGGAAUAAUUGGUUUGAUUGAAGAGGAAUGGUUGGCAACAUUGGCCACACUUGCUCUCGAAGAUGUUACUUAUAUUGAUUUUGUUACAGAGGGCAGGAAAUUGGCUAAACUUCUUAAAGAAAAAGAAAACGUAGAUUUUGUGAUCGCUUUAACUCACAUGCGUUUCCCAAAUGACUGUCGACUCGCUGAAAAUGUUGACGAAAUUGAUCUAAUUCUUGGUGGACACGAUCACGACUAUGAGGUUAAAUUAGUUAAUGGAAAGUAUAUUAUCAAAAGUGGCACUGAUUUUAGGCAAUUUAGUCGAAUUGAUAUCACAUUCAAAGGACAAUCUUUUGACAUAUCGAUCAAAGAAAUUAAUGUUAAUUCAUAUGAUUUUGAAGAAGAAAAGUCAUUGAAAGCAGAAUUAGAAAAGUAUUCGGAUAUAAUUGAAGGCAAAAUGGACUCUGUUUUGGGUCACAUUAGCUGUGAUUUGGACGGAAGGUUUGCAUCGAUCCGAACUAAAGAAACCAAUUUAGGCAAUUUAGUGGCAGAUAUUAUGCUGGCGUCAACUCAUUCAGAUCUGGCUAUUCUUAACUCUGGAACUCUUAGAAGUGAUCAAAUUCAUAGCAAAGGACCAUUUCUACUAAGAGAUUUAGUCACAAUUAUGCCAAUGAUGGACCCGUUAAUUGUAUUAAAUGCAACGGGACAUCAAAUAUGGAAAGCAUUAGAGAAUGGUGUGUCUCAAUGGCCCAGACUUGAGGGUCGUUUCCCACAAGUGGCUGGAAUUAAGUUUGCUUUCAAUCCAUCCAAACCUCCUGGAAGUCGUAUUAAUGCCAAAUAUAUGAAGAUUGGCGAUGAAUAUCUAGAUUUAAAUCAAAAGUAUAGACUCGUUACUAAAGGAUAUUUGGCUCAAGGAAAAGAUGGCUACGAUAUCCUCAAAGAAUGUCAAGUAUUACAGAAGGAAGACGAGUGUCCAGAAAUGGUCACAUCUGUACAAAAUCAUUUCGAAUCAAUCAAAAUAUUGACGGGAAAUACACGUAAAACCAAUCACAGACAGAGUCUGGUUUGCCUCUCUCGACGCACAUCUGUUGUCAAAAUGCAUGACAUCGGAAGUCUUGACUUAAACUCAAUGACACAGAGCUUUCACGAGACACGACAUGACAACACCCAACUCAGGGGUCAACUUAAAAAAGUGAUGAGUUUGGAUGGCAGAAGAUCUACUCUUACUCGAUGUCCAUCUUUUGAGAACAUUGAGUACGAGUACUGCAAACUUGAACCCAAAGUCGAGGGACGGAUCAUCAUAUUGACCGAAGAGAUUUUGCAACGACUCGAAAAAGAGAAACAGGAAUUCAUUAGUUCUAACAUAUUAGAGGAUCCCAUUCCUGAAGAGGACAAUGAAGUCGAAGAGUCUGCUUGUGAUUAGAGAUAACCAUUUCAUUCUUAAUCAUUAAACAAAUAUUAUUAAUACUUAUUCCACUUAAUUAUCGGUAGUUAAGAAAAGUGACAAAAUUAAAGAUUUCAUUAAGUUUUGAAAGUUUAAGUCAAAAUAAGUCCUAAAAGUCAAUUAGGCUAAUAAAUUAAAGUAAAUCUUAU